CAACGAGCUUCUCUCAAAAGCGUCUCUUAGAGAGAGAGAGAGAGAGAGAGAGAUGGGGUUACAGAGCGGAAUUGCUCUGUUUUUGCAGCAAUACAAAGCUCUGUUGAAGAAGAACCUCCUCCUUUCAUGGCGGCACAAGAGAUCGACCUUCCUCCAGCUCUUCUCUUCUCUCUUCUUCAUCUUCCUCAUCUUCUGCAUCAAUAAAUCCAUCGAAUCCCGUUUCUCUACCACCACCUCCUUCAAGAAUGUCCUCGAUCCUCUGCCAUUGAUUUCUCCCCCCAUCCCUCCCUGCGAGGACAAGUUCUUCGUCAAGGUCCCCUGCUUCGAUUUCGUCUGGAGCGGGAACACCAGCGCCCGUAUCCGAUCCAUCGUCCGCAGCAUCAUGGACAAUAAUCCUGGCCGUUCGAUCCCUUCCAGCAAGGUCAAAUCAUUUAGAACACCCAAUGAAGUAGAUGCCUGGCUUGAAAGUGAUCCCAUGCGCUGCCCUGGAGCUCUGCAUUUUGUUGAAAGAAAUUCAACUGUCAUAAGCUAUGGGAUUCAGACUAACUCGACCCCUGUGGCCAAGCGAGGACUCUAUGAGGAUCCCACUUUUAAAUUUCAAAUACCACUUCAGGUUGCUGCAGAGCGUGAGAUUGCCAGAUCUCUGAUUGGAGAUCCAAAUUUUAACUGGAUUGUCGGGCUUAAGGAAUUUGCACACCCAGCUACUGAAACUUUCUCUGCUGUUGGAAGAGUAGGACCAACAUUUUUCCUUGCAAUUGCCAUGUUUGGUUUUGUGUUCCAAGUUGGUUCUUUAAUCACUGAGAAAGAACUUAAACUUCGCCAGGCAAUGUCUAUUAUGGGUCUUUAUGAAUCUGCCUAUUGGUUGUCAUGGCUUACAUGGGAGACUUUUCUGACACUUCUAUCAUCACUUUUCUCAAUACUCUUCGGAAUGAUGUUUCAGUUUGACUUCUUCCUUCACAACAGUUUCGUGAUUCUGUUCCUUGUGUUCUUCCUUUUUCAAUUCAAUAUGAUUGGUUUUGCCUUCAUGAUUUCAACUUUCAUUAGCAAGUCAUCAUCAGCCACCACUGUUGGAUUUUCUGUCUUUAUCAUCGGCUUUUUGACUCAGCUAGUUACAGGAUUUGGAUUUCCAUACGAUAACAACUUUUCUAAGACAUAUCGGGUGAUCUGGUCUUUCUUCCCUCCUAAUCUUCUCGCUGAAGCUCUUAAUAUCCUUGGGGAUUCGACAGCCACGCCGGAAGAUAAAGGAAUUAGCUGGAGUAGACGGGCAGAGUGUCCACCAAAUGUUUCCGACUGUGUUAUAACUAUUGAUGACAUCUACAAAUGGCUUGUGUCCACAUUUUUUCUCUGGUUCCUCUUGGCCAUCUACUUCGACAAUGUUAUCCCAAAUUCAAGUGGUGUAAGGAAAUCAUUGUUUUACUUUUUGAGGCCUUCGUACUGGAUGGGUAAAGGUGGAAACAAGGUGGAAGAAGGAGGUCUUUGUAGCUGCACAAGUUCGAUUCCACCAUUAGAGGAUGUCACUCCAGAUGAUGAAGAUGUCCUUGCAGAGGAAACAAUUGUGAAAGAGCAAGCCACUGAAAAUGUGAUUGAUCCUAAUGUUGCAGUUCAAAUACGCGGUCUUACUAAGACUUAUCCCGGCACAAAAAAAUUGGUCGGUUGCUGCAAAUGCCAGAUGUCUUCACCCUUCCAUGCUGUUAAGGGACUUUGGGUGAACUUUGCGAAGGAUCAGCUAUUUUGUCUUCUUGGACCCAAUGGAGCUGGCAAAACAACUGUAAUUAAUUGCUUGACUGGUAUUACACCAGUGACAGGCGGGGAUGCCCUGAUAUAUGGAUAUUCCAUCCGAAGCGCUGUUGGUAUGUCAAACAUUCGAAAGAUGAUCGGAGUUUGUCCUCAGUUUGAUAUUUUAUGGGAUGCUUUAUCGGGACGAGAACACCUGCAUCUCUUUGCUAGUAUCAAAGGCUUGCCCCCUGCUUCAAUCAAAUCGGUUGUUGAGAAAUCACUAGCAGAAGUAAAACUCACAGAUGCAGCCAAAAUGAGAGCCGGAAGCUAUAGUGGAGGGAUGAAGCGCCGGCUGAGUGUUGCGAUUGCACUUAUAGGGGAUCCAAAAUUGGUCAUCUUGGAUGAGCCGACUACUGGUAUGGAUCCAAUUACUCGAAGGCAUGUAUGGGACAUCAUAGAGGAUGCAAAGAAAGGAAGAGCCAUUGUCUUGACGACUCAUUCAAUGGAGGAAGCUGACAUUCUAAGUGAUCGCAUAGCUAUCAUGGCUAAGGGAAAGCUCCGCUGCAUAGGAACCUCAAUCCGGUUAAAAUCGCGAUUUGGGACUGGUUAUAUCACUAAUGUGAGUUUUCUGGGGACCACUCCCGGACAAACACCUGGCACUAAUGGAAAUGCAAUUACCAGUGAAUCUCAACAUGAACCCGUGAAGCAGUUCUUCAAACAUCAUUUGGAUGUGGUGCCCAAAGAGGAGAACAAGGCCUUCCUGACUUUUGUUAUCCCUCAUGAAAAAGAGGGACUGUUAACGAAUUUUUUUGCGGAGCUUCAAGAUAAAGAAAGAGAGCUUGGGAUCUCAGACAUCCAACUUGGCCUCACAACCCUUGAGGAAGUUUUUUUGAAUAUUGCAAGAAAAGCAGAGCUGGAAGAUGCUUCUACCAAUGGGAAUUUGGUGACUCUGAGCUUAGAAUCUGGAACUUCUGUCCAGAUACCUAGAGGGGCCAGAUUUAUUGGGAUUCCAGGAACAGAAUCUGCAGAGAAUCCAAGAGGCCUUAUGGUUGAAGUGUACUGGGAACAGGAUGACUCCGGUGCCCUCUGCAUUUCUGGCUGCUCAUCUGAAGUUCCAAUACCUCCAAAUGUUCAACCAAUGGCUAUUACUUCUCCAUCAUCGCGUAGAAUUUUCUUUGGAAGGAAUGCAACCAUACACGGGUUCGUGAUUGACCCAAAUCAAAUUCAAACUCCAAUUAGCAGGUGACCAUUACAUGUAUCAUUCCAAUUAUAUUUGCUCCCACUUUGCCAUGCAUGCAUGUGUGCAUUCACAUGCAUGAUGCCCAUGCAUGUGUGGCAUGUUAGUGCUUGUACAUUUAGCAGCUUGUUUGUUUCAUGAUUUAAGAAUGCAUUGGAAAUUGAAAAUUUUGUCAUUCAAUAAUCAAAUUGGAAAUUGAAAUGAGUUAUAUAAACUCCUGUUUGGAAUG